GACGAAGAAGACGCUGCUGUAGCUGCUACAAGCUACACAGACGGGAACACUUUCCUACUUUACCGUCUUAUUAGUUCCAAAGUUGACUCGAAACAAGUACGUACUUUUAGCAUGCAUUCCUUGGGCUUUAAAGGAAAGUAAACCCGGAAUAAACGUGCGGGCUGGACUACCGUCUAGGUUUGUAAAGAUAGAUUGAAGUCAUAAAGAGAAAAAACUGGAGCGGGUUAGUUGAGCAGCAGCUGUAACCCCCCGGGUCUUAGCCCGGCUCCCCCCGGGAUGCGGUCUGCUGAUGGGGCUGCUCAGACUCGCGAUGCUGCCCAAGGUCCAGCUGGUGUUCGUCCUGCUGUUCGGCAUCACGAUGCUGCUGAUCGAGAACCAGAUCCAGAGACUGGACCAGUCCAGAGCCAAACUCGAACGCACCAUUGCCAGACACGAGGUGACGGAAGUGCAGCUACAUCACAGCGAGGAUGGCGGGGGGAGGGAGCUGCCGCCACUCCCUGCCAACGACGACAUGGUCAUCAUCUACAACAGGGUGCCCAAGACGGCCAGCACAUCCUUCACUAACAUCGCCUACGACCUCUGCGGGAAGAAUCGUUUCCAUGUCCUGCACAUCAACACGACCAAAAACAACCCAGUCAUGUCUCUGCAGGACCAGGUGCGCUUUGUUCGGAACGUCACCACGUGGAGAGAGAUGAAACCUGGCUUCUACCACGGCCACGUAGCUUAUCUGGACUUCUCAAAAUAUGGCGUGAAAGGGAAGCCCAUGUACAUAAACGUGGUCCGGGAUCCUAUAGAGCGCCUCGUGUCCUACUACUACUUCCUCCGCUUCGGAGACGACUACAGGCCGGGCCUUAAACGGAGGAAACAGGGGGACAAGAAGACUUUUGAUGAGUGCGUGUCGUCAGGGGGGUCGGACUGCGCUCCUGAGAAACUCUGGAUGCAGAUCCCCUUCUUCUGUGGCCACCAUUCAGAAUGCUGGAAUGCAGGCAGUCGCUGGGCCCUUGAACAGGCCAAAUACAACCUGCUGAACGAGUACCUGCUGGUGGGAGUAACGGAGGAGCUGGAGGACUUCAUCAUGAUCCUGGAGGCGACGCUGCCGCGCUUCUUCAAGGGAGCCACGGAUCUCUACAGAACAGGAAAGAAGUCUCAUCUGAGGAAGACCACUGAGAAGAAGACCCCCACCAAAGAGACAAUAGCCAAGCUGCAGCAGUCCAACAUCUGGAAAAUCGAGAAUGAGUUUUACGAGUUUGCCCUCGAACAUUUCCAGUUCGUGCGCGCUCACGCGCUCAGGGAAAAGGACGGACAACUUUACGCCUUGGCCCAGAAUUUCUUCUAUGAAAAGAUCUACCCCAAAGCCAACUGAAAGUUUAGCCAGAGCUCGGAGGGAAGAGUUGCACGGAGGUUUUACAAGAACUCUAAUGAAAGCUGUACACACUGGGAGAACAGGGAACACUCUGAUGGAUGUUUGGGUCCGCUGCACAUUGUACAGUUGGGUUUCUAAGAGGAAAGAUUAUUAUUUUAGUAACUGCUGUUGAGAAAACUACACCGCCAAUCUGUACUGUGAAAAGAAAAAGAAAGUUUCUCCUGUUCUUCUAAAGUUUAGAUUUGACCACAGGAAAGAAAAUGGAAAGAAAGGCAGUCAUUUAAAAAAGCUGUUUGACUGUGAUCUUUCUGGAGAGAGAAAAGUUAACUCAUCAGGUUUAUGUAUUAUUACUAAUUGCACACUAAAUUCCACCACUACUUGUUUACAAAUCCCUAGCUGUCGAGGCUGCAUGUCUUUAUGUAUUAACAUGCAGUGAGUGUUUUUGGACCAAAUGCUAACUAAAGGAAAAGAGAUUGCACCACUGCAUCCUUUGGAUUAUUUAGGCCACGAAGAAAGUAUUGUUUAUUUUUGGGUUGUGGGAUUUUUUUUAAAUAUAUGUUUAAUGCAUUGUACCAGUAUUUCAUAACACAGAGAGUCAUGUGCAUAUUUUAAUAAGGAAUAGCAUAAAGGGACGGUGAGCUGGAGAGAAAAGCUAAUCAAAAAUGAAUGCUGUGUGACUACAGGGUUAUUUUUGGCAGAAAGAGAUGACAGUGCCUUUAGGACAUUUAUAGUAUUCACUCUCCAGUAAUCCCACCGUCAUUUUUUUUUUGGGGUGUAAUCUGUCUGUCUGUCUGUUUACACUGACAAUGCCAAAAGUGUGAACAUAAAAGCAUAACUGCAGAUUGCGUGGUUUCAUUACCCCUCAAUUUCUCAAUAAAUCUGUAUUCUUUAAAUCUG